UAAAGAGAGAGUGGAAGAGGAUCACUUUCUUGCCACAUUCAAAAUAACAACAGUCUGUCUUGUGAAAGAAUGUAGGUUGGAUUUCUAGCGAACAUCUGACCAAUCACUUUCUCCAUCUCAAUUACUUCCCAUCUGCUCUAAAGAUGUCUAGAGACAGCCGAAUACAAUAAGCUUUAUCAGUCUGAAGCACUCACUUUUCAGGAUCUGAACUCAGGAAAAAUAAAAAAUAAAAUCAUGAUGAGGAUUUUACUCUACAAUCCUUACUUUACCAGGAGAACUUCAUCCAGCAGCAGAGUAAAGUCAGCUCUGCUUUAUGGUUUGUUAUUCUUGGCAACAUGGGUCCAAGUUCCUGUUGUCAAAUCCAAAGAUGCUGUUAAAGAAUCCCAAAACAAAGACUUCAAUGAAACAGACUCUCCUAAAACAGACUCCUCUCAGACGGAAACACAUCACAUUAGCAGUGGCCAAAUGCAGUGUGGUGAAUACAGUAAGGAAGUGAUGCUAAAUGGACAGUGUCGUUUAAUUGCCACACUACCACAACUGGAGGAGCAGAGGUGUCCUGACAUGUUCCGCUGUACUGAUGAAGUGUCCUAUUGGCUGCAUGAGAAUGAGGAGCGCAAGGAGCAAAUGCAAGACUUGAAAGAGACCAUCUCUGAACUUCAAGAGGAUCUACGGAAUCACAGGCAUCGCAUCAAAGUGCUGGAAUUGCAAAGUGAGAAUUAUGGCAUGAACUCAUCUUCAGAACAUCGCUUCCACACACUGCAGCAGCUCUAUGAAGAAACCAACACACUGCUGCACAUCCAUGGAUCACUCAUCUAUGACAUGCAAGCACAGAUCCGCAACCUCACUAUGAUAGUGGAGCGUGUGCGUCGCAAUCCUGGCUGCAUGAUCAACAUCAUUCGCACAAACCCGCUGCUCAACGCCCAAGAUACCCUACACCCAGAGGUUCAGCACAUAAGAAACUGCCCUAUUGACUGUGCAUCACUCUACUACAACGGAGUCCACAGGUCUGGAAUUUUUACUGUAGUGCCCUCUUUGGGAUCGACACCAGUAGAAGUUUACUGUGAUAUGGAGACCCAGGGAGGUGGCUGGACCAUGUUUCAGCGUCGGCAGGAUGGAAAGAUCAAUUUUAAUCGAAAAUGGACAGAAUACAGGGAUGGGUUUGGAGAUCUACGUGCAGAGUUUUGGCUGGGAAAUGACCACAUCCAUGACAUCUCCAGCCAGGGAGACUAUUCACUUCGCAUUGACCUGGAGGAUUGGAAUGGCAAGCACAAGCAUGCACUGUACCAAUACUUCUGGAUUGAGAAUGAGGAAAACCACUAUCGUCUCCAUGUAUCUGGAUUCAGUGGUACUGUGGAAGACUCAUUUAGUUGGUACCAUGACAAGCAAAGCUUCAGCACUCCUGACACAGGUGACAUCUGCGCUGAGAUUUCUCAUGGAGGCUGGUGGUACCACCAGUGCUUCUUUUCCAACCUGAAUGGAGUGUAUUAUAAGGGGGGGCGUUACUCUGCCAAAGGGAAGAAUCUACUGGGACCUGAUGGGAUUGUGUGGUACUCAUGGAAGGACUCAGAUUACUACUCACUCAAGAAGGUGAGCAUGAUGAUCCGCCCACGGAUGUACAGGCCACGUCUCUCCCCGUAACACUGCUAUAGGACCUAUAUGUAAAUCCAUACUGCGCUGACAUCAAAAGGUCAUUGUUGAUUCUCCAUGACAAAGCAAUUGCAUAACCUGUAAUUAAAGGGAAAGUCCCAUCUGGAAUUUCCACUUGUCACAUUGUGGUCAUUCAUAUCUCACAAUCAUGUUGUGCUGCAUACUAAAUUAAUAGUUUAACUGUAAUUAAACUAAUCUAAGCAUGUAUUUAUAAAACAUCAUGCCUUUAGAUUGUGACUGAUAUUUUUUAACUCUGAUACAACAAACAUACCAACACAUUUUUUCAGCUAUGUGAACCUACAUUGCAUGUUUUUAAUAAUCAUUUAGAAUUUGUUUAAUACUUUGUAUAUAAUUGGUGUUACAUUCAUUUUGUUGGCUAGCAAUCAAAUAUUCGGAUGAUUUAAUUGUAUUUGAGAACAUUUGGCAACAUAUAAUCACUGUUAAUGGGCAUCCUACCACAUACUGUAUGCCACUGUACAUAUGUAAAUAAGUUUGCUUUAUAAGCCAUAAUAUUUCUGUUAACUGAUUAAAUGUAUUAUAGAGGUAACAGAUGCUCAUACAAUCCCAAAAAUGUACAGCUUUUUAAUGCCUAAAUAUUGUAUAUUUCACAUUGUUUACAUUUUGUAUCUAUUUUGAGAAUGUAUAAAAAUGUCUGUUUCUGACAUGU